CCUAACACGUGUUAAACGUUAAUUCGAAAGCAGAUUUAUCGGAACAAAUGUAUUCUGCGUUUAUUCCGUGUUUUUAUCCGCGAUUUGUGUUAUUGCAGAUCUACUGUAUAGUUUCGGUCGAGCUAGUUAAUCAAGCAGUUGGCAAAUAAAAUAAGAUCGAAGAAAAAAUAGAGACAAUGGGAAAAUAAGGGGGGGAAAGGAUUAUUUCGACGUUAGGUCCAUUCGUUGGUAGAAGAAAAGAAGUUUAAAGAAAAAAAAAAGAAAAAAAAAAAAGAAAAAAAAAAUAAGAAAGAAUAUUAAGUAAUGUCGUCCUCGUUGAUGAUGCUCGAGGAGCCCGGUGGCUCAGGAUUAAAAUCAGCAUUGAUAAAAUCAACGAAAACGACUACGGAAGAAGAGAAAGAAGCGACAGGAUUCGACGAAGUUUCUACGAUAUUGUCCUUGUGAAAAUACUUUCCUUUACUUCCGUUAAACUUCUCUUCUUUUUCCUUUUUUUCUUCUCUCUUUCUUCACUCUCUCUCUCUAUCUAUCUACCUAUCUAUCUAUCUAUCUAUCUAUCUAUCUAUCUAUCUAUCUUUCUAUUUCUAUUUCUUUUCUUCCACCCGUUUACUUCUCGAUUUAUCUCUUUCUUUCUUACUUCUGCAUCUCUUUCUAUACCCUCUAACAAGUACUUGAAAAAGACUCUCGAAAGCAACUACGACAUCGAGGAUUGAGAGACGCAACAGGGACGUAAAAAGUUUUGCUAUCUUUCUUUUUCUCUCUCUCUCUCUCUCUCUCUCACUCUCUGUUUCUCUAUUUCUUUCCCCUUCUCUUUCCUUCCAAGUCACCUCUUUAUUUUCUUUCUUCUUUCUUCGACGUCGUUGAAAGUGGACAGCCGUCAGGAUGUUGCCCGCCAACGUGAUGUCUUUCAUGAAAAAGAUGGUGACGACGCAAUCGGAAUCUGGUACGACCGGUGCUGUUACACCGGAAGAGAGUGGAACAACAUUCAGCAAAUUGCGACAACUGGGUACCGGAUUAAUGAUGGUAACGGGAAACGUUACGAAAUUGGCUCCAGCUAAAGUUACACCGGUCGAGGAGAUACAACCGAAAGAGGAUACCAUCGAUUCGAUUAUAAAAAAGCCGGAGACAGGAAGUAAAACGAGCAGCGGUGAAGAAUGUAGAGUUUGCCGGAAGUCCUUUGGACCAGAAGAAGCUUCGAGGACUUGCUGCGAAUGUCUACAAAAAGUUUGCGAGGAUUGUGCCUCGUACUCGACGACAACAAAUUCAGACGAUCAGUCGUCUUGGAGAUGCAGUGUUUGUCGUCGAAAAAUUGCCUCGAGGGACCAGCCGAUCGUGACGCAAGAGUCAACAGAUUCUCUUCUUGAAGUGCCGAUUCUCGAAGCAUUGCAAAGAAGACAUAGCGAUGCAAGACUCGGUUGUCAAAGUGGUAGUCAACUAGGUGGUUUUGGAAGUGUUUUGGCACCACCAAAGGGCAUAGAAAUUCGAAGACACUCUGACGUAUCACCUGCCAGCUUGAAAGAACUCGAAAAGGUAUUAGAAACAUCAUUAUUAUAA